AUGCUCAGCUAUGACCAAAGAAAACAUUCCAGCUUGUCCUCAGAUGAGCGUACAGAGGACCCUCGCCCUGAAACGAAAUCUCGCCCACCCAUUGUCUACAAGGAGGAAUACCUUCAAGAAGAUACCCGCAAUGUGGUCUGCACAGAAGACUUGGGCGCCAACAAUGGCACAAAAAAUGAUCCCGGCCAAGAGACUACCGUUCUGGAGUACGUCGAGGUUGUCCUGACCCAAUCAAAGGGGAAGCCCAAGGAUGGCCUCCCAUCGAUUCGAUGGAGGGGGCAGUCUUACAUCAGGAUUCUUUCUCCAUCUGUCAUUGCCGCGCUUCGACAUGUCGUCAAUUACUACCCUUCGCAAGACCUCGGUGGAGAAACCAUCACCAUCCUAGAGCCUUAUGCUGUCGUUGUUCACUAUGAAGAUGAGCUGGAGCAGUAUCGCCAGAAAUUUGCCCCUGAGGCUGAGACUGAGCAUCAAGCGUCUGACUCCUGCGCCAACCGUUUCGCGUACAAGCAUAUUGGAAUUCUGCUUGACUUUGUCCGCAGCAAGGUUGGAGAUGCCGUAAAAGCAGAGCGGGAGAGGAACGCCCGAGGAUACAGCGCAGACGACAUGUGGUGGCUCAUCCUCAAGCCCGGAAUCGAUGUUUACUACGACCAGGGUUCGGACGGAACUUGGAACCCUUUUGUCAUCAAAUCCUGCGUUCCUGAGAUACAGAACGGCCGAGUAGUACGAUACUCGGUUGCUCUCUGGAACCUGGAUGUGGGAUACUCACGACCAGAAUAUCUUGGCAUGAACACUAUCGAAGAGGGUUGGUCAUGCUCGCGAAAGGAGACAAAGAUAUUCGGCUCGGCACUGUUCCCGUGUAGCUUUUUUCCUGAAGGAGAGCUUUUGGACGGGAAAACCCGGCUUGAGUUCAAGAAAUUCUUCGAAGAGAGGGGCCGGAUGUUCAUACGGCUGUUGAAGAAGGGCUGUUUCCAAUAUGAAGGGAGUUCUGUCACCCAACCAAUCAGAGCGUAUAACGGCCUCGUCAUGGUGGACUCGGACCAAUGGAUCUCAGACAGAGACUCCUACCCGUGGACAAGAAGCAUAUUUUUGGAACAAGAUGCUGGCGCGACUGCAGCAAGAUCACGGCUUUGCGAAUGCGCUAGAUGCCAGGCGGUUAUCAAGGACGAAAUAGUCAAGCUAAUGUUCGAAGACUACGACAGAGAGCAUCACAGGACCAGAAGUGAAUGGACCGACCACCACUACUUUCUGUGCAGCCGAGUCGUGGAAGCGUUCGUUUUUAAGACGAGAGAAUGGGCUUUGCUCGAUGUAUCCGGAUUCAAGGAUCCGGUGUUUGAUAGGAAGAUGAUCAACGACCUGGUCUUGGCUCAAGACACGAAAGACAUGAUCGUGGACCUUACAAAACUCUUCGUCCAGGAACAGUCGGCGAAGAAAGACCCUGCCAACGGUCCCGAUGCCGUCGGCCCAAACAGCGCACCCAACUUGUCCGCGUGGUCUGCCGACUUCGUCAAAGGCAAGGGAGAGGGGCUCAUCUUCUUACUGCAUGGGAAACCUGGGGUUGGGAAGACGUACACGGCAGAAUGUGUGGCGGCGCUUACUGAACGGCCUCUGCUCUCCCUCACCUGCGCAGAUAUCGGGACUGAUCCACAGAAGGUCGAAGAGGGCUUGAGGAGAUGGUUCAGCAUCGCCCAGAGCUGGGGCGCCAUCAUGCUCAUUGACGAAGCUGAUGUGUACAUGGAGCAGAGAAAGGUGCAGGACCUGGAGAGGAACAACUUGGUAGCUGGCUUCUUGCGGGCUCUGGAGUAUUAUCAGGGCAUUCUGAUCCUGACCACAAACCGAGUUGGAACGUUUGACGAGGCCUUCAUCUCACGCAUCCACCUCACCAUUCACUAUGCCGCGUUCACGGACCGCAGUCGAGCCGAGGUGUGGGAGUCGUUCUUCCGCAAGCUGCAGAACGAGAGAGAGGGGAAAAUGAAGAUCUUGGAGGAAACGCGGGACUAUGUUGAGGAGAAAGAAGUGCGCGAGCUCGAAUGGAAUGGACGCGAAAUACGAAACGCUUUCCAAAUCGCCGUCGCACUGGCACAGACUGAGAAUGACUGCGAUGCAAGAGGACGCAUUCAAGUCAAGCGAAAGCACAUCAGAUCCACGGUUCGCAUGUCAAAGAACUUCAAAUCCUACCUCCAGGAACUGUAUCAGAAAGACGAAACGCAGCGCGCGGCAGCUUGGGGCCACAGAUACGAUGCCUUCGAACAGACCCGCCCAAAUGAAGCCAGUUUCAAGUGA